AUGAAAGUAGCAACAGUUGCACGUCAAGUGGGUUACCUGAUUUCCUACAAAAGCAUUUUGGAGAAUCUUCGGAAUCAAGUCAAGAUUCUGCAAGACAAAAGAAAGAGGGUGCAAGAAAAUCUUACUUGGGAUUCUGAAGUAUUCCAUACUCAAACUAGUUGGUUGGGACGAGUCGAUGAGAUUGUUGCACAAGUGAAUGCAUUCUCAAACUACUAUGAAGGCAAAGGUGCUUGCACAAAUUUUCUGUGGCGUUACAGAGUUGGCAGAGAAGCAAGAAAGUUUAUACUAAAAAUUUCACAAUUACAUGAAGAAGGCAAAUUUGAUCAAUUUGUGAAACUAGCAAGGCCAAGAUCAAGAAUAGCUACUAUAAAUGAUAUUAUGGCAGCCCUAAAGGACCCUCUUAUCCCAAUAGUUGGAGCAUGGGGGUUGGGUGGUGGAGGCACAACCUCAGUGGCCAAACACAUUGGAGAGCAAGCAAAAGAACAGGACUUGUUUGAUUCAGUGGUUAUGAUCACUGUAACUAAAAAGCCAAAUGUAGAACAAGUUCAAGAAGAUAUUGCAGCUCCAUUGGGUCUGCAAUUUCAAGGGGAGAUGAAUGUGGAAAGAAGGAAGAGAUUGCGUAGGAGAAUAAAAAAAGAGAAAAGGAUUCUUGUUAUAGUUGAUGACAUCUGGGGAGAAUUGAAUCCUCGAGAUUUUGAUUUGGAGGAAAUUGGAGUUCCUUUGGGUGAUGAACAUAAGGGGUGCAAGUUACUGCUAACAUCAGGCAAUUUGGAUUUUAUGAAAAAAAUGAGGGGUACUCCAAAGGUGUUUCAACUAGAAGAGUUACUAGAAGAUGAGGCUUUGAGCUUGUUUCAGAUGGUUGGAGGUGUUGCUCAAGAUUCUGAGGCAUGUUCUAUAGUAACCGAAAUAGUGAAAAGUUGUGCAGGUUCGGCUCCUUUAAUUUUUGUUGUAGCUAAGGCAUUAAAAAAUAAGGGCCUAGAUGCAUUGCAAGAAGCCAUAAUGCAGUUAAAGGAUAAUGUUCCACCAAUAAAAUUGUGUUACGAUAGUUUAGAUAGUGAAGAACUCAAAUCUUUGUUCUUACUUCUUACUAUUCGAGGAAAAAGGGCCAUUAACAGGGAUAACAUAUAUAUAGACAUGUGGGCAGGGUUAUUCAAAAAUGCUGAUACAUUAGAGGCUGUAAGAAAUAGGCGUGAUUCGUUGAUUAGUGAACUUUACGCUCGUGGUCUUGUGGUUGAAGAUAAAUCUGAAUGGGUUAAAGUAGAUGACUUGAUAUGGGAAAAUAUUUAUUCAAUAGCUCAAAGGGAACUAAAAGUUACAAUGAUUUCUGAAAAAUGGCCACCAGAAGAUUGGAUGAGAAGUUCACGCUUUUGCAGCAUGACUGUUGUGAAUGGUUUGCAUAUUCCUGAAAAGUUGCAAUGUCCAGAGUUGCAAGAGAUUGUACUAAGUACAGAUAGUUCCUCUGUGCAGGUUCCAGAUUACUUUUUUGAAGAGACUAAACUUUUGAAAGUCUUGGAUGUUAUUGGCUUUGAUUGUUCAAAACUUCCAGUUAACAUAACUGAAGUUGGUGAGCUCACAAACCUACGAAUUCUUGGCCUACAUGAAAGUAGAAUCCAACAAUUGCCAAGAGAAAUCGGACAAUUCCAGAAGUUGCUAUUCUUGGAUUUGAGAGAUACGUAUCUCCAAGUGAUCCCAGCCAAUGUCUUAUCAAACUUGACAAGCUUAGAAGAAAUAUAUUUGAGAAACUCCUUCUGUAAUUGGGAGGUUGAAAGAUCCAACAAAGAGAACAACAAUGCAAGCUUGAAAGAGCUAAGUAACUUGUCUCACUUGGCCUAUAUAGAAGACUUGUAUGUUCCUGAUCUUGGGGCAUGGCCAGUGGACUUGUUCUUUGACAAACUAAAAUCAUACACGAUUUUUAUUGGGGAUAGGUGGGGCCAGACCCAUGAUGGUGAUUAUGGAUUAAAGACACUGAAACUCAAGCUCAAUAGAAGGUUUCAAUCCGAGGAUGGAAUAAAAAAGAUGCUAAAAAACGUUGAUGUAUUGUACUUGGAUGAAUUGAAUGGUGUCCAGAAUGUUCUUAGUGAUUUGGAAAGUGAUUGGUUUCCCCAUCUGCAGUCUCUCUCUAUACAACACAAUGAUGAAAUCAAAUGCAUAGUCAUGAAUUCAAGUCAACAUGCUCUUGAUGCUUUCCCCAACUUGGAGUCAUUGUCUCUCGAUAAUCUAAGCAAUUUGGAACAUAUUUACCAUGGUCCUGUAACUGAGAUAUCUUUCUUCAAAAUAAGAGUUAUCAAAGUACACAAGUGCGAUGGAAUAAUAUGGCUCUUCUCAAAUUUAAUGAUCAAAGGACUUCCUCAUCUUGCUGAUAUAGAAGUUUCAGAGUGCAAGCUCAUGGAGGCAAUUGUGGUUGUAGAAGGUGUAGAGAAUCCUCACCUAGAAUUCCCUGAACUACGCUCCCUAAACUUACAAGGACUCCCCACAUUAAUCACUUUUUACCUCGUUAAAGAAGAUCCUUCUGAUUACGAUGCACCUAUACUUUUCAAUGACAAGGUUUCUUUUCCUAAUUUGGAGACAAUGAUGAUUUCUGAUGUGAUUAAAAUGACUGAAAUAUGGGAUACGGAUCAUGAUGUUCCAAAUUCUUUUUUGAAACUAAAGAAUGUAAGAAUCACAGAUUGUGAGAAAUUGCAGACCGUUUUUCCUAAUUCUCUUUCAAGAAAUCUUCAUAACUUGAAGACGUUGACGGUCAGAAAUUGCAUUUCAAUAUCGAGCAUUUUUACUGCGACUUCCAAAGAUAGCUUCGAAACACGACAAAAGAUGAUCUUUCAACUGAUUGAGUUAAAUUUAGUUCAGCUACCAAACUUGAUGUUUGUUUUCCGGCAAUGGUUAGCAUUUUUGCCGAAGCUUCUAGCUGGCAUCAUGAAUAGUACAUGUGCAAUUGAAUUUGCUGAAAUGGACAGAGUGCAUCUUGAAGACUUACCCAACCUUAGCUUCUUUGUCUCGGGAAAUGUUGAAUGGCCAUCCUUGGAGAAUGUAGUUGUGAAGCACUGCCCCAGAAUACGCAAGUGUGGUUUGGGACACAUAGAAAAGUCACAGUUGAAGUCAGCGAUGUUAGAUAAUCAAUUCCAAGAAGACAUUGAUAACAAGGUUGCUUAUCUUUUUGAAUUAGGGGAUCAGAUAUCAACGAUUGUUGAGUAUACUAUUGAUGGCAAUAAGGAAUUGCUGAAAGCAAUUGAAAACCUUCGACCUUCGCAUUUCACCAACCUAAGGCGAUGUCGUAUUUCACAUGUCUCCGAGGAAGGGCUCCUAAAUGCAUUUCUGUUAAUUUUGAUAAAUAGGUCAAACGUGCUUGAAUAUCUCAUCAUUGAACAGUGCGACGAUUUACAGUCGGUGUUUCGGGAUACACUCGCGAUACGUAAGUUCCCAAUGAGCAAGGUGGUGCUCUUGGACCUCCCAAAUUUGUGGACCUUCCAUGGAAAAUUAUAUGAAGCAGAAUUCUCAGCUCUAAAAUCUUUGAUGAUAGAAGACUGUCCUCAGUUGAUUGAAUUCACAGACGGAUUUGCCACUGUGCAUGAAGAUUCCAUAACUGACGGCAAGUCUUUCUCCCAGCUUAAUGAACUCAAGUUGGUUAAUUGCCACAGAAUUUCUUGUGUGAUCUCCUCUAAGACAUUAAAAGAGUUUGGGAAUUUGGAGAAACUCACUGUGAGUCAUUGUAAGUCAUUGAAAACAGUUUUCAAGAUUCAAGGGGAAAUACCUCAUUCGACAGAGCCCUGCUUGCUCUUGCAGAAGCUAAGUGAAUUGACUUUAAUUGAUCUACCCAAUUUGAUUCACAUCAUCAACAAUGAAAGUAUCAGCCUCUAUGAAAACCUCCUAUUCCUACGAGUGAAGCAAUGCAACUCUCUUAGUUGCCUAGCAAUGCCUCUUAUGCUGAAUGCAAUGGAAAUUUCUGAUUGCCAGGCUUUGGAGAAAAUUAUCAUCAUGGAUAAAGGAGAAGAAAAGGGAGGGAAAUCCUUUUCUGAGUUGAAGCAUGUUUCUCUUCAAAAUCUAACAAGGCUCUCAGUGUUCUUUCCUCCUAUAUCUGAAUUUCCAUCCUUAGAAACAUUGAGAAUAGAAAAUUGUCCUCUCUUGAAGACCUUUGUUGAAGAGUCCCAUGAGCCCGCUCCUUCAAGCUACUUCUUCCCAAAUUCAUUGUCAUUGGACAAAUUGAAGGUUCUUCAAGUAAUUAAUCAGGUCAAUGUUGAGAAACUCUGGCACUACAAUUGUCCUUUCAAAUCUUUCUGUAAUUUGGAAAAUCUGACAUUGAGCAACAACAAUAAUUUGUUGGAGGUCAUCUCCUCCAGCAUGAUCAUAAGAUACAACAACUUGAAAUUUUUGAAAGUGGAUGAAUGUGAAUUACUGAAGGAGGUUUUUAACCUUGAAGAUGAUAAACCGAAUCAGAAUUUCCCAGAAAUGCUUCCUCAACUAAAGGAAUUAGCAUUGAGUAACCUAAGCAGUUUGACACGUAUAUGGAACAAGGAACCCCAAGUUCCAUUCUUCCCCAAUUUGGUGUCACUUCACAUUGUCCAUUGCGGUAACCUCAAAAUCUCACACUCUGCAACUAGAAAUCUUGGGCAACUCAAAUUACUGAAGUUGUAUGAUUGUGAGAAAAUAGAUGAGGUAAUAUCUGGCAAUGAAAAUGAAAAUGUAUUCAUCACUUUCCCUAAACUAGAGUGCCUUAUACUCAAGGAUCUUCCAAACUUAGCAAGUUUCUGUCAACAGAGUGGAACUUUUAAAUUCCCUAAAUUACAGACUGUGAGGGUAAGCAAUAUUCCACGUAUGGAGACAUUUUUUGGAGGUAAUCUGAACACACCAUUGCUGAGAACAGUUUAUAUAACAUUUGCCAAGAAAUGUUGGCAUGGAAAUUUGAAUGACACCAUAUCAUAUUUGUACGAAAUGCAGGUUGUGACACUGUUUGGACUAUUGUCUUGUGAUCUGUUGGACUUGGUGAUUGAGCUACAAUGUGUUGCUCAACAGAGCCCUCCUAGGAGAACUCGAGUAACGAACGAGGGUCAACCAAAUCCUAUCGUUACUGCACUUGCUGAGAUGAAGGCAACUAGACAAGUCGACCAGGAGGCCAGUAGAUUGACCGAUCAGGGCCAGAUUGCGACUUGGACAUUCUUUACGGAGCUAUUCUUGGGGAAAUAUUUCCUGUAUGAUGCUAGAGAAUGUAAGCAGGGGGAGUUUGAGGGCCUAGUUCAGGGCUUUAUAACGGUUGAUGAAUACUUCGCUAAAUUCAAAGAAUUAGCCAAAUUCGCUAACUGUAGAAUUGAAAUGCCUACACCUGAGUUCUUGGCUUCUAAGUUUCGUAGAGGCCUAAAUGAAGAGAUAGUAAAAAGGAUAGCUGGAGCGGCAUCUAGAGACUUUGGCACUCUAGUUCAGCAAUGCUGUGAUAUUGAGGAUGUUUGUGUAACCAACAAGUAG